AUGCUAGAGUUCUGGUCUGUAGUGGUUGGUCUGCUGGGCUUUCUUAUUACCUGGCAGCUGUUUCGACCUCAAAGUGCACCAAUAUGUGGGGUGUAUCGACAGCCAGGGAAAUGGUUCUGGCUAAAAAAAUUAGUCUUUCUGGUGAUUAUCAAACUGCGACAGUAUAGACAUAGGGAAGCUGAGAAACGUCAUAGAAGAUCCCAGGAAUUGUUGGACAAGAAUCGAGGAUAUGGAGCUGGAAUGCUUGAUCCAACUUCCAUGGAAACGUUUGCUCCAUUAGAUCCAGAUCCUUUCGGUAUUGAUGCUGUAUAUUUUGGUGGUUUUAACAAAGAUGGUGUACGUGUUAUCGUUCGCUAUUGUCGACGUCAUGAAAGACGAGGAGAAAUAUGGCUAUUUUUAGAAAUACCCACGAUAGGUGUCUUACAACAUCCGCUUCACCCAGACACUUAUGUCAUCAAUACAAAUGGUCAGAAAUACUCAGCAGGUGGCCUGAAAAUUGAAAUGAUUGAGCCAAUGAAAACAUGGAAAGUGUCAUUUAAUGGCACUUUACGACAUGGCCUAUGUAAUGAACUAGAAAAUAAAGGAGGCAAACUUCUUCAAGUAAAGUUUUCAUUCAAAUGGUGCUGUAACACUGAUCCAUUUAGUUUUGACACGGACAUAAGUGCAUCAGCUAUUGCAGACGCCAUUGCCAGGGAAAAUUGGGACCAAGAUUUCUGGAGCAGAUUGAAAAGUAAGCAUCAGACCCACUAUGAGCAGUGGGGUGAGAUGACCGGUCCACUGCAGGUCGAAGGUUAUGAUGACAUCCAGCUGAGACUCAACACAGUUCGUGACCACUCCUUUGGGGUACGAGAUUGGCGAAUGUUUCAUCGGUAUGCUAUUCACUUCAUACGUCUCGAGAGUGGUGUGACAGCCCAGGUGGGUGUGGUCAGUCUGCCCUCUACCACCUCAUAUUUACAGGUGGGAUACCUGAAUUAUCCAUGUGGUGCUAUGUACCCUGUUUCUAGCUGUGAUAUCAAAUUGUGGAAAAUUUCGGAAACACCAGAGCCUGCCAAUGAAUAUUCUUUCAAUUUUGUUGCAGGUGGCGAUACUUUCCAUGUAGAAGUGAAAGGGGAGACUACUCCAAUCUGGUACCACUGUGAGGAUCGAGGAAGUAAAAUUUUUGAAAAGUUUUGUCAGUUUAAAGUCAAUGGUAAAAAAGGAUAUGGACUUGUAGAGUUUCAUUACAGAAAUACAGAUGGGCCUUCAUUUGUACUGCCAGAGUCACUUCCCCUGCUCCAGGAGCCAGCAGCAGAAUUGGUCAAGGCCACUACUGAGAGACUGACCUUGACCUUUGAUGAGGAUGCUUGUGGAAGCAGUAAACUUGUGGGUGGUAAGGGGGCACAACUAGGUCAGUUGUCCUCCAUACAAAAUAAGGUCAAUUGUGUGGUGCCUCGUGGUUUCUGUCUUACAUUGACUGCAUUUGUCAAACAGGUGGAGAAAAAUGCAGAGAUAAUGAAAGCUGUCAAUAACAUAGUAAAGGCUAUAAGAGAUUUAGAUGAUGACCAGCUCAAACUAGCCUGUUCUGACACCGUGGAACACUUUGCCUCUAUUCCAAUCAUCAAGGAAACGGAGGAGGCCAUCUUGGAGAGAAUGAAGCACCUGUUCAGUCAGGACUGUUUCACAAAGUCCUUCGCUGUCAGGUCUUCUGCUUCAGGAGAAGAUGGAAGUGAAGCAUCUUCUGCUGGACAAAUGGAAACAUAUUUAGGGGUUAGAGGUCAUACAGAGAUCCUUGACUCUGUGAGGAAGUGUUGGGCAUCAGCCUUUACAUACCAGGCUGUACAGUAUCGUAGACAAAAUGGUCAGCCAAUCAAAGUGGCAGUGGGCGUAGUCAUCCAGGAAAUGGUCCAAUCAGAGGUGUCAGGUGUCAUGUUUACCAAUGACCCAGUAAAUGGCAGUCCAAACCUGAUGACUAUUGAUGCCUCAUAUGGAUUAGGAGAGGCUGUGGUAUCAGGGAAGACAACUCCAGACACCAUCUCUGUGUUUCGAAGUUGGGAUGAUCAGCUUUCCAUCAAAAACAAAAAUCUUGGAGACAAGAAAAUCAAAAUCAGUGUUAAAGAUGAAGGGGGAUUGAAGGAAACAGAGACAGAGAGUGCUAUCUGUUGUUGUCUCACAGAUGAAAAGAUCAUCCAGUUGUCACAAAUUGCACUACAGAUUGAAACUUACUUUGGCAGUCCUAGAGAUAUUGAAUGGGCAUUGUCUGCUAACCAGUUUUAUCUUCUACAGGCUCGACCAAUCACAACACUGGAUCAGGACACAGACGAGGACUUAUGGUGUGAAUUUGAUGAUGCACUUGUCACCCACAGGGAAUGCCUGACAACUGCCAACAUUGGGGAGAUGAUGCCAGGGGCAGUAACCCAGCUUACUCACUCUGUGUUUUUGGAUGCUGUCCUAAGAGGCACAGGGUACCUAGCCAAAGUGAUGGCUGGUGGACCACACAUACGAUACCAUGCCAAGGCCUUAAUAUUCCACAACCAAAGAUCAUUCAUCAACAUGAAUGUGGUUGGUUUGAUAAGUAUAAACAAUAUCGUGGGGAAACUAGAGGCGGGCCAGCUGAGUAUUCUGGGACAGACUGUGGAAGAUCUCACACUGGAGGAGGUAAAGGAGUAUGUGGGAAAGCAAAAGACAUUCUGGGACAGACUUAAAGUCUUUAUCCGUUUCUACACAAUAAAGAACAGAGAUAUCAAGGAUUUUGAGGCCUGGUAUGAUCGAGUAAACAGCUACAGAAUCAGUAAAGACGUACAAGAUGCUCAGAGUCUGUACUUUGCUAUCACGAAUAAACUUCCAGAUUAUUACCGAUUGUGGAGAGGAAACAUCGUAAAGAGCUCAAUGUCUGGUCUCUGGUCCAAUGUAGUGGCUGGAAUUCUCUCUAAAGGGAAGUCAGCAUAUACCCCAGAGAACUUAGCAGAUAUGGCUCUUCUAUUGUCAGAAUGUGAGGAAGUGUAUAGUGCAGAAGUACCAACAGCUAUGCAGGAACUUGCCAGAGAAAUCAGUGCUGUAGGAUUAACAGACGAAUUUCUUACCGUCAGCGAUGAAGACUGUGUUCAGUUAAUGACGUCCGAAAAGUUCCCAAAACUGAAACAGAAAUUUGACACGUUUAUUUCACGACACGGUCAUCGUUAUGUAAGAGAGGCUGAAUUCUUUGAGAGAUCGUGGCGUGCCAAGCCAGAGAGAUUGUCCUGUGUAUUGAAGACGAUUCUGAAAACCAAAUCAUUUCAGCACAAGGAAAAGGAGAAGCUAAGUCUUACUGAAAUCUUUGAAAAGAUGCAGACUCCGAUUAAUUGGACAACUAGACAGGUGCUGAAGUGGAUUGUACCAAAGGCUAGGAAGGCUGUUGGAGACCGGGAAUGGGGCAAGUCUUUGGCAGUAAAAGUCAGUGACAUCUUUAAAGAAGCCUAUUGGCAACUAGCAGAGCUACUGAUGAAAGAGGGUAGACUACCUGAAAAAGAGCUCAUGUUUUUCCUGACUCAUUCAGAAAUUGGGAAAUUGCUGAAAACACGUUCUCCAAGACUCAUCACAAAAGCGAUUAAACGAAGGAGACUUCUUCCUAAGAUGAUGGACCUUAGUUUUCCCAAGCUUCAGUCAGGAAUACCAAAACCGAUCAUGAAAAGUGAAAUUGAAGCACAAAGGACUGCUCAUUUUACUCUGACUGGAAUGCCAGUAAUGCAGGGCACAGUGACUAGUACUGCUCGAGUGGUCAAGGAUUUAGAACAGGCCAACCAAAAUAUACAGGCUGGUGAUAUUCUAAUAGUAUCGUACACAGAUGUAGGCUGGACACCAUACUUCCCUCUUAUAUCUGGUCUCGUCACUGAGCUAGGUGGACUCUUAUCUCAUGGUGCUGUGGUUGCUAGGGAGUAUGGCUUACCUUGUAUUGUUAAUGUAUCCAAUGCCACACAGCUUUUCCAGUCAGGAGAUUUGGUGAGGCUGAACGGCAAGACUGGUACGAUAGAAAAACUUGUUGAUGAGGAAAAGAUGGAAAUAGAAACGCAGGAAUGAAUAAAAGGUCAUAGAAGUAUAGAACAGUAUAAUUAUGAAAAUCAUAUUUGAUGAAUUGUGAGCACAAUAUUUUUGAUACCUGUAUUUGUGUGAGAAGUAAGAUGUAACAGGCUCUGUAACACUUUUAGUAUUGUUUUCUGUAGUCAUCAGUUUUAUCGUGCAAACUUCAAUACUCAUGCAGAGUCACCAUAGAAAAAUAUGCAGCAUCUUAUUAAUAUUCAUUUUGAAAACCUUUGACCUAGAUAUUAUAAUAUCAGGAGGGAGGGACAUAUCAUACAGCUAUUUUCAAGCCAAGAAUUAUUUUAUCUUGUGAGGACAAUCCAGUCUUAUGAUUGGUCAAAAAUUGUAGCACAGCACCUGUGACAAGGUCAAAUUAUUCUGACCUUCUCUGGACUUUUAUAUAUCAGCUUGGAGUUGAUGACCUCCAGGCCAAUAUAUGAAAAUUGAUCUUACAUCAGAAUAAUUUGAACUAUGACAUGCUAGAUUGGGUUAUGGGCUGCUAUAUUCACCUCGUGUGCAUGGAUUAUGUCUGUUUUAGUAAACACCACAAUAUAUCUAGACCUAUUAAGAGGUGUUUUGACCAAUCAGCAUGUGGAAAAGUGAGUAAUAUAAUUGCUAAUAUUUUAACUUCAGCAGAGAAGAAGUAGGGAAAGGGUGAGUAACAAAAGUUCUAAACUUGGUGUUUUCAGAGUUAACCCUUUAUGUCAAACUUGUCGCUUAAUAAGUUAAGAAUUAAGCUGUACAACAUAAAGAAUUUAUUUCUUUAGUAAAAUGAAAAUGU